CACAUACACACACACUCAGCCACAAAUCAAACAUAAAACAAAACAACAACUACAAAAGAAGGAAAAACAAACACACAAAGACUUUAAAUGGAGAUUCCGCCGUCACAAUCUCUGGCGACACCGCUCCGCCGAACAAAAUCCAUAGCCACCAUGAGUACUUCCGAGAUACCUUUCGAUAUCGCUUCAACCCCGCCGUCUUCUUUCGACUACGACCUCAUCUCCGUAAAACCAUCUUCUUUCGUCGCCUACACAUCUCUCAGAGACAUCAUCUCUUCUUCUCCGAGUAACUCGUCGCUCGCUUUACCGACCAUUAACGGUAGCUGCUCUCCGGUUAUUUCCACCGCCGGAGAUAUCUCGAUUCGUAAUCGUCUUGUCAAGCAAGCUGCUCUGUCUUAUCUUCAACCAACGGCUUUGACUUCGUCGGACGAUUCUCCUGGUUCUCAAUUCUUCCGCCGCGUUUGGCUCCACAUCUCUGCUGGGAUACAGUUCUUGAGACGUGUGUUUGAUUGGCUUUUUCAAUCGAUUCGUGUUCCUUUGAUUGUCAAAUAAAUAGUGUUUUUCAUACAAAUUUUUAUUUGGGGGUUAUAAAUUCUCCAAGAGGAAUUGCAUAACUUGGAAUUUUUCAAGAAUUGAAAACAAAAACUGUUUGCUAUACAAUAAAAAGUGUGUUACAAAAAUUUUCAAUU